CUAAACUCACACCAUAUUAACCUAUCUGAUGGCUCUUAAUACCUUUUAACAAGUGCUAUCACUUUUUAUGUGUCUUUGCUACUACAUCAUAAACCUGAAGGUGGGAUUUGUAAUAAGUGUCUAUUAUUUGUUGGCGGCAAUACUUGACAUUUGUUAUUUUUGACUGUCUUUCCGUUUUCUCACGUAAUAACUUAGUUUCCUUUUGGAGUAUCUUCAAAGGACUAUUAAUCAAGGUGUCUUGCCCUCUUCUGGCUAACAGUGAAACAGUAGAGAGGAAAUCUGAACUAAGAUAGGGCAAUAGGAAUUUGAAUCAUAAGUGCAGUGACAGAAAUGUGUUGAAGCUCAUUCACUGCAAAACGUUGCCUGGCAAUAAUGCUAAGGCUUCCAUCUCCAGCUACGUCGCUCCAAAGCCUUCCCGAAAGGUAGGUGAAUAUAAAUUAACCACCGCCCCCGCCCCGCACGGAGAGAGACUUCGCAUCUGCAUAUUCCCUUUCGUCCCUCUGCCACUAACUCGAUCGCCCGCGGAAACAAAGGCCUCGGCAGCGGGGCCGAGCUCCCGCUCCUCUGCACAGAGAGAUUCAAAGUGUCAGCUCCCCACCGAAGAUGGGAUGCAAAAUCACCUACGGAAAGCAAAACAAACGAGCCCCAAGCGCCGCCUUUACUGUCAGCGGGGGCGGAAGCUGCAGUUCUGGUGCGGUCAUAGAGUUUUCUAAUUCCGGUUUCGGGGCCACAUUCGGGGCUAGAGCGCCUCUCCUCCGCCGGCCGUCCCCACGCCCGGCGCUCGUAUUUCCGGGUCCGGCUUCUGUCACAAAGCGGAGGCCCCGCGUCAAACGUGGCCUGGUGGGUCCUUCGCGCCUGUCCUGGGGUCGGAGCGGAAGGACCGGGGCGGGCGGGGGUACUUCACAGCCCACAGCUGGAGCCGGUCCUCUCGUACGGGCCCGCGUUGGCACCUCUGCCCGCAGAGCCGGCUGGCUUUUGAGCCCUCAGGAUUGAGUCCCUGAUCCGCAGCCUCCAGGACUGCAGUUCUAGAGGACAGCUCUCCUUCGCCCAUAGCUGUCCCCCAUAAUCACGCUCUGCCCUGUGAGGUGCAUUUGACAAGUCACCUCCACACUCCCACCUCUUCCACCACGUCUGCCUUAACUGCGUUCUUAACCUGCUAAAUUUGAGACCCCUCCCUCUGCCUCUAGGGGAGGUCCCCCCCACCCCGCCCCCCGCAUAAUUGAGAGAGGAGUUCCGUUAUCCUGCAGAAAGAUUACUUUUAAGACUGAGCACCCAUUUAAUACCCGAAGAAAGUUCAUGUUUAGAGAGUUUGUGGGCAAAGUGAAACCCAGUGCACACAGGAAACUAUGGCUGAGCACGGGGCUCACAUCACAACUGCUUCUGCGGUGGAUGACCAGCCAUCCAUCUUUGAGGUGGUAGCACAAGACAGUUUAAUGACAGCAGUGAGACCUGCUCUUCAGCAUGUGGUCAAGGUUCUUGCAGAAUCCAAUCCUGCCCACUAUGGCUUCUUUUGGAGGUGGUUUGAUGAAAUCUUUACCCUGCUAGAUCUUCUGCUCCAGCAGCAUUAUCUAUCUAAAACCAGUGCCUCAUUUUCUGAAAACUUUUAUGGCUUAAAGAGGAUUGUAACGGGAGAUACGCACAAGCUUCAGAGAUUGGCCAGUGCUGGUCUCCCAAAGAAGCAGCUCUGGAAGUCAGUUAUGUUCCUGGUUCUUCUUCCCUACCUGAAAGUGAAGCUGGAGAAGCUGGUUUCUAGCCUGAGAGAAGAGGAUGAAUAUUCUAUCCAUCCCCCUUCUUCUCGCUGGAAACGAUUUUACAGAGCCUUUCUGGCAGCUUACCCAUUUGUUAACAUGGCCUGGGAAGGCUGGUUUCUUGUACAACAACUUCGAUACAUCCUUGGAAAGGCUCAGCAUCACUCCCCACUGCUGAGUCUGGCUGGAGUCCGGCUAGGUCGACUUACACUUCAGGACAUACAGUCUCUGGAGCACAAACCAGCAGAGGCCAGCAGGAUGCAGCAACCAGCCAGAAGCAUUAGUGAGAAGAUAAAGUCAGCGUUGAAGAAAGCUGUGGGGGGCGUUGCCUUAUCCCUCUCUACUGGCCUUUCUGUGGGUGUAUUCUUCCUGCAGUUUCUUGAGUGGUGGUACUCAUCUGAAAAUCAAGAAACCAUCAAAUCAUUGACUGCCCUGCCUACUCCACCACCGCCUGUACACCUAGACUACAAUUCUGAUUCUCCUCUGUUACCCAAAAUGAAGACUGUGUGCCCACUGUGUCGUAAAACCCGGGUGAACGAUACUGUUCUUGCCACCUCUGGCUAUGUGUUUUGUUAUCGCUGUGUGUUUAAUUACGUGAGAAGUCACCAAGCUUGUCCUAUCACAGGUUAUCCAACAGAAGUACAACAUCUAAUUAAACUGUACUCCCCUGAGAACUGAAUGGGAUUAGCAUCUUAUCUCACAACAAAAUUAUUGCACUGAAAGGCCAGAGGGCUGGUUUUUUAGCAUGGUACAUAGCAUUGUUUGAUACUUCUUAGCCUCAAUUCAUAAUUGUAUGAACUUUAAACAACUAUAUGGAUUUCCUUAAAAGGAUAUACCCAUUGAUCUUAACCUUUUAGCCUGCUCUCUAGACCCCUACUUAGAGUUGACCAAGCUGUUCUAGAAUAAGAGAAUCAGGAGUGGCAGGGGAUGUGGAGGGCCAGUGUAGAAGAAGUGGAUAAAAGAGGAUAAUUAGCACAGAAGCUUUUCUUAUCUCCUUCCUUAAAGGACAAGAGGUAUAGAUGCUCUCAGGAAAAACCCAUGCUAGACCUCAGAAAGUGGGUGGUGAAGGGGAAGCAGGCUUUUUCUUUAGAAAAGAAAGCAUUUAUGUGCCUAUGAGGAAUAGAUUUUAUCGGUUUGCAAACAAUGUGAAAUGUGGACCUGCUCUUUAUAAAAAUACUUAGAAACACUUGAAAAAAACAAUGGCUCCUUCCAUAGGCUGUGACCCAUUAAUUAAGUAACAUCUGCUAUAGUCUGUCAACUUUUAAAGAUUCCUUUAUGAGCCAUACAUAUCUUUCUUGGGAAACUGGUUAAAGGAAAAUAGGGGUCAAGUGUAUAUAGAGAAUAGUCUGAAGAUUUCACUGUGAAAGCCAAGCUAAUAAGCAAUGAAGAGAUGAAGUAAAAUACUGAUCUAUGACUAUGUAAAGAAAGCAUCUUUCCAUAGACUCUUUCUACUUGCUGUUAAGCGUUUGCUAAACUGGCAUGAAUUAUUCUGGCUAUCACUAGUUUCUAUGAAACACUUAAGUAAAUUUCAAGAAUAAAUGUUUUUGGCAAAGAGC